AUGUCAGUCGUUCUGAAAGGGCUCUUGCCUCUUAGGUGUCUUGUAUACCUAGAUGAUGUACUGGUAACUGGUCGGUCUUUUGAGCAACAUUUAGAGAAUCUGGAAGCAGUUCUAGAAGCAAUCAGCAAAGCAGGACUGAAACCUUCAAAAUGCCAUUUUGCACAAUCAAGUGUAGACUUCAUUGGUUUUACUACUUCAGAUUCAGGUUUGGCUCCAGAUUGCAAGAAAGUGGAAGCUAUCAGCAGAUAUCCAACUCCGAAAGACCUGACAGAGUUAAGACGCUUCCUUGGUAUAGCUUCGUACUACCGCAGGUUUAUCUCUGGGUUUAGUGACAUUGCUAGUCAACUAAACCGUCUCACUCAGAAAGACAUGUCAUUUGUAUGGGAUAAGAACUGUGAAAAUGCAUUCCAAACUAUCAAAGACUGACAAAGAGCAACUUAUGUCGAGUCUUGUUCUGGCAUUCCCAGAACCAAACGGCGAUUAUAUUCUAUACACCGAUGCAAGUGAUGUAGAAGUAGGAGCUGUUUUGGUACAAGAGGAUGGAGAGGGAGAGUUAUAUCUUGUGCAUCGAAAGCGUUCUCAGGUUCAGAGAAGAACUGGACUACCACAGAGAAAGAAGCAUACGCUGUUGCUUGGGCUCUGCAAUAUUUCCAUCCCUAUGUGUACGGACGAAAAGUGGUCAUAUAUACAAAUCACAAGGCUCUAAAGUGGUUGAAAAACGUUAAACAUCCAAAUGGUAAACUAGCACGCUGGAUUUUGAAACUGGAAGAGUACGACUACACUAUAGAACAUAAGCCUGGUAAUAUGAUGCAACAUGCUGAUGCACUUUCCCGUGCCCCGGUUAACAGCAUUCGGAUUUCCACAUUGUCGUGGACGGAGCUUGAAGAGACUCAAAACAUGGAUGAUGAUAUUCUGUUGGUAAGGAGAUGGGUAUUGAAUGGUUUAAGACCAGAUGCUAAAUCAAAAGAUACCAGCCCGAUGUUGAAAGCGUUGUACAAUGUCUUUGAAUCUUUAGUCGUUGAAAAGAAUGUUCUUUGUCGAAAAUGGAUCGAUGAAGAUGGUAAAGAAACGUUACAGUUCGUUGUACCUAAGUUGGCUUCACCUGCAAUUUUGAAAGAUGCCCACCAGCAAGUUGGUCACCUUGGAAUAGCUAAAACAUUCGAAAUGAUUCAGAGAAGGUUUUAUUGGCCUGGAUUUUACAAAGAUGUAGAAACAUUUUGUAAAAGCUGUGAAAUUUGUGCGAGAAACAAAGUUGUACCAAGACCUCGAAGUCCUAUGAAACCAAUUGACAUUGUCCCAGUGCAAUUUUACAUGAUAGGAGUAGAUCUUAUUGGUUUUGAAGUUAACACGUGAAGGAAACAAGUGUAUCCUUUCCAUUAUUGACUAUUAUACGAAGUAUACAGAAGCAGUAGCUCUUCCUAAACAAGAGGCGGAGACAGCAGUUCAAGCUUUGGAACAAGUGUUUGCCAGGCAUGGAAUGCCUUCAGUUUUGCUCAUGGACCAAGGCCGUAAUUUUGAAUCUCAUCUAGUAGCAAGUAUGUGUCAGUUGUUUGGGAUAGAAAAGAGGAGAACUACCGCUUAUCACUCACAGAUGGACUAUGCGAGCGUUUCAAUGGAAUUCUAAAGACUCUCCUUCGAAUGAGAGUUAACAAUGAUAAGGACGAUUGGGAUGAGCAAGUACCUCAUGCUUUACCAGCGUAUCGAGUUAGCAAGCAGUCUUCUACCGGAGCAACACCAUUUGAAAUGUUGUAUGGAAGAGAUCCCAGAUUGCCUCUAGGAGUAGAACCUGAAGAACUAGAAACCGAACCGACUCGUGGACCCGCCAAGUACCUAGAAGAUUUAAAGAAGCGACAGAAUAACAUGCGAAAGAUUGUAUUGGAGAGAAUCGAACAGUCCCAGAAGAAACAGAAACGUUGUUAUGACUCACGAAAUCGUGCAUGCCGGAGAAAAGACUUUUCUACCAUUGGAGAUACGGUACUUUUAAAGAACUUUAGAGCUCGAGGAUUAAACGAAAAAUAUGUUGGGCCGUAUCUAGUUGUUGAUGUUCAAGAUACUAGCUGUGAGAUAGAGCCGCUAGCCAAUAAGACAAGAAAGAUUGUUCAUGCGAACAAUUUAAAACGAUUUUCGAUUGACUAUGAUAUUGAUCAGGUUUACGAAGAAAGUGAAGAUGCCGAAAGUUCUGAAUGUGACUUUGACGAAAUUGGUAAUGAACUGCCGAAUCCUGAAGAACGCCAGAAUGUUCAAAGAAACGAUGAUGGUGCCAACGUGAUGCAUGGUUACAACCUUAGACACAAUCGAAGGGUGCCAGAUCGUUAUGGAAUACCUGUGGUGGAUUACUGA